AUGGAGAGUAGGAUACCAGCAAGCAGCAAUAUAUUGUCAUCAUCGACUUCUUCGACAGCAUCGGCAAACACUUCAUCAUUGAAUAGUAGCACUGGACAAGAUACUACUAAUCAACAAAAGGCUGCCAAUGAUAUCAUCACUCCCAACCUGCCUCCACAGGCUGAUCUCCAGGAUGCCACAUCAGAGAUGUUUACAAAGGUUGCCAAGUAUCUAAGUUCAGAGCUAUCAGCUACUGUUGCCGACUACAACUUGUUGAUUCAGAUGAAUGAUGUUACAUCUGCCAAGUACAAGGAUAUGCAUGAGAUCACCAAGGGUCUGACCCUGUACAUGGGCGACCUGAAGCAGAAGUACGAGGAGUUCAUGCCAUACUUGGACAAGAUUGAUGAGCUCGAUAAGAAUGUAGGCGAUCUCGAGAAGACUGUUCAGUUGAUUGAUGAAUAUACAAAGAGGUUGGAGACAAAGAUAAAGAAUAUCGAUAAGAGUGCUUUGUUGCCAAUUAAGCCACAGCAACAACAGCAGCCACAACAGCCACAGCAGGCACAGCAACAAGCUGCUACUACUACUGCUGCUGUUGUUCCACCAGCUGCCACCGCCACUACCACAACACCUCAGCCAGCGUCGAGCCAAUCCUAA